AUGAAACAUAAGGCAUACUGGGCUUUGAAAUUCUUGAAUUUUGAUGAGGCUCUAUCAGGGGAAAAGAGGAAGUCGCAACUCUUGGAGCUGGAAGAGAUGAGAUUGAAUGCUUAUGAGUCUUCAAGACUGUACAAAGAAAAAGUGAAGGCUUAUCACAACAAGAAGCUACUAAAGAAGGACUUUAGGCCAGGCCAACAAGUUCUGCUAUUUAACUCAAGAUUAAAGUUGUUUCCAGGUAAGUUAAAGUCUAAAUGGUAUGGACCAUUCACCAUCAAGGAAGUCAAGCGAUAUGGAGCAGUGGAAUUAUUUGACCCUCAAUCAGAAACUUCGGAUAGAACAUGGAUAGUAAAUGGUCAGAGAUUGAAGCUAUACCAUGAUGGGAACAUUGAGAGACUGACCACCAUUCUACAAUUACAAGACCCUUAG